AUGGAUGUCACUCCACUUCCUCAAACUCAAUCUUUCCAAAACUGAGCUCUUAGUAUUCCCCCCACCCUGUGCCCCCUCCCCUGACUUCUCCAUCAAGAUCAAUAAUACAACCAUCAGUCCCUCCCCUCCGUUCUGUAUCUGCUACCCCUGUCUGCCAAUCCCUCCACUGAUCUCCACUCAGUGUCCUCCACCCCUCUCUGCCAAUUCCUCCACUGGCCUCCAUUCAGUGUCCUCCACCCCUCUCUUCCAAUCCCUCCACUGGCCUCCAUUCAGUGUCCUCCACCCCUCCCUUCCAAUCCCUCCACUGACCUCCAUUCAGUGUCCUCCACCCCUCUCUGCCAAUCCCUCCACUGACCUCCAUUCAGUAUCCUCCACCCCUCUCUGUCAAUCCCUCCACUGGCUUCCAUUCAGUGUCCUCCACCCCUCUCUGCCAAUCCUUCCACUGGCCUUCAUUCAGUGUCCUCCACCCCUCUCUGCCAGUCCCUCCACUGGCUUCAAUUCAGUGUCCUCCACCCCUCUCUGCAAUCCUUCCACUGGCCUUCAUUCAGUGUCCUCCACCCCU